AUGAUCGAAAUCACAGUGAAUGAUCGUCUCGGAAAGAAGGUGCGAAUCAAGUGCAAUCCGUCCGAUACUAUUGGAGAUUUGAAGAAAUUGAUCGCUGCACAAACUGGUACAAGGUGGGAGAAAAUCGUUCUGAAAAAGUGGUACACAAUCUACAAGGACCACAUCACUCUGAUGGAUUACGAAAUUCACGAGGGAUUCAACUUCGAGCUCUAUUAUCAAUGA